AUGGCUUACUCAUUCACCCUGCUCCCAACAGCAACGCUAGCCGCGGUGUACAUCUCACACCUCCUCUGGAGAAAGUUUUCGAGACCUCCCCUGCCGCCCGGACCCCGCGGGAUCCCCAUCCUCGGAAACAUCCACGAUGUCCCGGCCGAGUCGCCGUGGCUCGCGCUCGCUGCCUUGGGCGAGCGAUACGCCGGCGGCCUCUUCUCGCUGCAGAUCCUCGGCCAGCCAAUGAUCGUCGUCGACCGCGCAGACACGGCCGCGGACCUGCUCGACACGCACGGCGCGGCUCUCAGCGGCCGCCCGACGUUCGCGAUGGCCGGCGCGCUCGUGGGGUACGACGGCGCGCUGCCGCUGUGCCAGUACGGCCCACGCGUGCGCACGGAACGCCGGAUGCUGCACGCGCUGCUGAGUGCGCCGGGCGCACAUGUGCUGGUCAUGCGCGAGGAGAUCGCACGCAUGCUGCGGCGCCUGGAGGACGCCGCGGGUGGGCGUCCGGACCUCUUUGAUCUCGUCGAGCGCCUCACCGCAUCGAUCAUGCUCCGGAUCGCGUACGGUUACCGCGCGAUCGACCCGCCCGCCACCGACCCGUACAUCCGCGCGUUCAUGUAA